AGAAUAUUAUAUCUGUAGGAUCUGAUUAUUUCAAAGCAAUGCUGGCUCAUAAUAAUGCUGAGACAGCGUCUGGUAAAGUGGAAAUGAAGGAAGUUGAUCCAUUAUCCCUGCAACAAUGCAUAGAAUAUAUUUACACUGGUGAAUUAUCUACUACUGAUGAAAAUGCUGAAUCUUUGAUGUUUGUGGCUGAAUUACUACAGUUGAAAGAUGUCUGUGAAAGCAUCGUUGAUUCACUCGAAGAAAAUCUCGAAUCGUCUUCGGAAUCAUUCUUUGUGACAAAAAGAAUCGCAAAUCUGUACAAUUACAAAGAAUUGAUGGAAAAAUGCGAGAAGUUCAUGCUGGAUAAAUUUGAAGAAAUUGCAGUACUUGAUGAGUUCAAGGAAAUAGAGGAAAAGGGAUUUGUUGGAUUGAUCAAGUCACAAGAAAACAAGGCAUCAGAGAGUGUGAAGCUGAAGGCUUUGAUAUCUUGGAUAAAACAUGAGCAAAGAAAUCGCAAAAAACUUCUGAAGAAAUUGAACAACUACAUUGAUUUGCAUAAAGUACCGGCGACUUAUAGAAGAUUCCUUGUUGAAAACGAGCCAAUGGUAAGGUCAUGCCCUGAAUGCUCUCACACUAUAUUCAUAUCUGUGAUGGACAGCUUAGACAUUUGCGCUUCAGAUGUUCAACCUGCUGAGAAUAUAAAACAAGAAGGAAAAGAAGCAAUUGCUGUGUUUGAUGAAAACUCAAAGAGCCUUCAAUGCUUUAAUCCUCAGAAUAAUUCUUGGAAAAAAAUGCAGAACAUGCCUGGAUCAGGAACUGACUUUUCUGCUGUGGCUCUUGGUGACUACAUUUAUGUUCUCAUGAUUGAUCGAUCUGUUCAUCGACUGAAAUACUCAGAUCAUGAAGCUACUUGGGAGAGAAUGAAUGAUAUGAUGCAUGACCAUGGGCAGUAUCCUCCUAUUACUGUUUUGUCUGGAAACCUCUACGUUGUUGGUUCUUUCAAUAGUUACUCAAAAUCAGUUGAAAAGUUCGAGCCAUCAAGCAACAAAUGGGAAAAAGUAAAAGACAAAAAUCUCAACAGUUGUUAUUCAACAGCACUGGGUGCUAGAGGUUGUAUAUACAGCAUUGGUGGAUUAGCAUCAGGUCGUUGCACCAACCAAGUAGAAAGAUUUGACCCAACAUCAUCAACUUGGUCAUUUGUUGCAUCCAUGAAUGAAGUAAAGAGAUUGAUCGCAGCUGUUGAAAAUGAAGGAAAAAUAUAUGUUCUAGGUGGACAAACAAACGAUUACUUGUCAACAGUUGAACGAUAUGAUAUUUCAACGAACGUGUGGUCCACGGUAACUCCCCUGUUAACUAAACGUAGCUUUUUCAAUGCUUUUGUGAUUGAUUCAAAUAUUUAUGCAGUGGGAGGAAGGAACAGUUCACCAGGAAGCAUGGAAAAGUUUGAUUUCAAGAAGAAUCAAUGGGAGAUGAUUGACAUGAAGAACAUGAAUCUGAGGAUACUCGAUGCAGUGAAGGUUAAUCUGAAGUGAUUUGAUUGUAUAUGACAGAGAACAGUUCCUUGUGUUACCAUUAAAGGACAUGCUAGUAGAUUAUGUUUGCAAUCUUACUAUAAAUUGUAUAUUAUACUUGACAUUUCAUAGGUGCUUGUGGUACCACUGAGUAAAUUUUGUAUACUUCUAUAAUGAGCCUCUGCAUUACUUACUGUAAUUAAUUCAUAUAGUUGUCUUGAAUAUAAUUCACAUAUGGCAUUGGGAUUUGCUUAGAACUGAUGCAGGAGAAAUUUAUUUUGAAUGGUUUGGUUUUAUUCAACACCCUAUAAUUGUUUGUAUCAUUUCUGAAAGAAUUCUAAUCAUAACACUGAUAUGUAGUCAGAAAAUUUACGCCCUGGUGAAAAAUCUAGUCUUGCUUGAUGAACAUUUCGGCUGCUUUUCUCAACGGAUAAAAAACAGAGUUUAUAAACCUUACAUCAGCCACGACUCCACAGCCCUGAUUAAGCUUGCUUAUCAUUUAAAGUUAAUUUUUGGCAAAUUGGAGUGGGAUUCUAUAUCCUUGUUAUGUAAAAUUUGUCACCAAUAUCAUAUGUCAUUGGAAGCGAGUGUUAUAUACAGUCAGUGGCCAGUAAAAAUUAAAUUGAUUUUUCAAUUCCAUUCAGUUUUUAAUGCCAUUCGAUAUUAUCUGAGUAUGAAAUAUUGCCUUGUGCAUUCUUCAAGCGGUUCCUUCUUCAAUUGAAUUCACUUAUCAUUUCUUAAUUAAAAUCCGUGAAUGAAUUGCAAUUUAUAAAUUAGCAGAUGCCUUUUCCGCACAAUAUAAUAUAUUCAAUAUAGUUUUACUUUAAACAAACUUUUUUCAGUGCUAUCUGAAAAUACUUAUUCAUCUUUGUAUGUAUGUUGUGGUUAUUAAAGUUUAUUUCUGCUUCCAAUAUAUUCGAUAAUUAUUAAUUUAUUUUUCAUCUUUGCUGUAUAUUUUAUCGCCUAUAUGCAAUCAAUACUUUACACCAUGCAUUUAACGCUGAAUUCAAUUCUUCACUUUUUAUCAGUUUUCAAAAUCCACUGCAUGAUCCGCCUCUCUGUCUUUUUAAUCACAUUGUUUGAAUUGAUUACGUUUGAUGCAUUCCAAAUGUUUAAACCUUCCAUUGUGAGAGAACUUUAUUAAAUAAACUAACAAAUUAAUGAAUUUAUCCAUUUCUCAAAUUCCAUGUCAAUUUGGAGGAUUGCUUUGGUUUUCAACGAAAAUCUGUUCUUUGAUAUCAAGUGGGAAUUUAUUGCUGUUGAACCUGGAAAAGACGAUUGCACUUUCAAAAAAUACG